CCCCUCACGCUCCCCUCUGCUCUCCCCCCUAUAUAUCCCUCUCUCUCUCUCCCCUUGACUGAAGGCGAAGCUUUCUCUCUCUAGAGCUCUCUCUCCCCCUCUCCCUCCCUCUCCUCCACUGACUGAGAGGUGAGAGAGCUCUACAGCAGCAGCAGCAGCAGCGGCGGCGCCGCACAAUGAUGAGCAAUUCAAUUUGAUGCUGUGGCUUGGUUCCCGAUAAGAAGGAAGGCGACAUGAAUUUAGAAAAUAGAGCUGAGACCAGGGAAGUGUCUGGGGUCCGGAUCACAAGAGCGCGAGCUAAAACGUUGGGCUCAUCAACAGGGAUCCUCCAAUCCUCAAGACCCUCCUUUAAGCAGGAGCAGAAGCGUGGCAUUCUUGCAAAUGCCAAAAGAGCAGCAUUGGAUGAGAACAAAACAUCUGCGGCUGGUGCUGCAGGUUUUGAGCAUAAGAGAAGAGCAGUACUGAAGGAAGUAACCAACAUCUUAUGUGACAAUGUGCAUGUGAACCAUGUCAGAGCAGCCAAAAGUCAGAAUGCCAAGCAUAUUAAAAAAGCCCCUGCAAAGAAGAGUAAGGAAGUGGUGCUGGAUGAAAAUGUAAAAGUCCCGAUGUUCCAAAAGGAUGUCAAAGCAGAGUUGGCCAAGGAAUUGUCCAAAAUAAGGGUUGGAGAGUCUCUGAAGUUGACUGAUCUGUCAAAACAGAUAAAUGAGGGAACAGUAAAUCAAAGUUUGUCUCCUUCCUUAGUGAAUGUGGGGGAUUUGCAUCCAAUAGUGGAGACUUCUGAAAAUCCUGAUGAAUGCAUUGGUACUUCGAAAGAAGAUAUGGAUUGUGAGAAGCCAGGAGGCGCAAGCUGUACAGGCAUUGUAGAUAUUGACUCAAAGCUUAAAGAUCCUCAAGCUUGCAUCCCAUAUGCUAAUGAUAUAUUCAAGAAUGUCCGCAUAUUAGAGCUUGACCGGAGACCAUCAACCAAUUAUAUGGAAACAUUACAGCAAGAUAUCACUCCUAACAUGCGAGGAAUUCUGAUCGACUGGCUUGUGGAGGUUUCUGAAGAAUAUAAGCUAGCUGCAGACACACUUUACCUCACAGUGAAUCUCAUCGACCGGUUUCUCUCGCAAAAUUAUAUUGAAAAGCAAAGACUUCAACUGCUUGGGGUUACUUGCAUGUUAAUUGCCUCGAAAUAUGAGGAAAUUUGUGCCCCCCGGGUGGAAGAAUUUUGCUUUAUUACAGACAAUACUUAUACUAAAGAAGAGGUACUGAAAAUGGAGAGUCGAGUUCUAAAUCUCUUGCACUUUCAGUUCUCUGUUCCAACUGUGAAACCAUUCCUGAGGAGAUUCAUCCAAGCAGCUCAAGUUUCUUAUACGGAAUCUUCUAUUGAGCUAGAAUUUCUGGCGAACUAUUUAGCAGAGUUAACUCUCAUAGAGUAUAGCUUCCUCAAAUUCUUGCCUUCCCUAACAGCUGCAUCCUCGAUAUUCCUUGCUAGAUGGACAUUAAAUCCAUCAGAUCAUCCCUGGAAUCCUACUCUGGAGCAUUACACCAAUUACAAGGCAUCAGAGCUGAAGACAACAGUUCUUGCAUUGGAAGAUCUGCAGCGGAAUACUAGUGGCUGCUCACUGAAUGCUAUUCGAGAAAAGUACAGACAACGAAAGUUCAAAUUCGUGGCGACUCUGACUCCUAAAGACCCUGUGGGAUCACUGUUCAAAGAUUAACAGCCAAUCAUUGCCUUGAGGAAUCGCCCUGACUCAUAACUGUUGUGCAGAUCCACAUUCCAUGCGGUACCUCGAGGAUGAACUUAACCUCCAUACCAUUCGUGAAAAUAUAUAAUCCCAAUUCAGCCGUUUAAUUAAUUUAUUUUUCUCUCGGUCUCUGCUAAUUUUCGUAUUACUCAUUGUUUGUAAAAUUUCCAAACCCCGUGUCUUUGACCGGGGAGCUAUGUAGAGCGUCGUGACACAUUGUUCAGGUUAGUUAACCCCACUGAAUCUUCCCCAUCGAAAUAAAUCUUAUGAGUGUCCUAGCCUCUAGGAACUCUAAGAGAUUUUAGGAUACCAUUAGUUCAGUUGCAAACUUGCAAUGGUAUUUAUCGAACUUCUUGGAGACGUUUCGUACUUUGAAGCUAUUUAUAGGGAAAAAAAGAAGAAGAAAAGAUUUAUUUUUAUCUCUUCA